CCCAGACCCACCCCAUCUCCCAGCACAUAAAUAUGCCAGCCUCACAGAAUCCUGCUGGGUGGGAAGGAAAGAUCUGCACAUACAGACCAGCAAAGAGUAGCUCAUCCUGUGGAAGGAAACUCAGAGGAGAGACUCUCGGUAGGACAGCGGCCAUGGACCUGAUCCCAAGCUUUUCCACAGAAACCUGGGUCCUCCUGGCUACCAGCCUGGUGCUCUUCUACCUAUAUGUGACCUACUUGCAUGGACUUUUUAAGAAGCUGGGAAUUCCUGGGCCGACACCGCUGCCUCUUUUUGGAACUGUCCUGUCUUACCGCAAAGGCUUUUGGGAUUUUGACAACAAAUGUUUUAAAACCUAUGGAAAGAUGUGGGGGUUUUAUGAUGGUCGACAGCCUGUACUGGCUAUUACGGAUCCGGACAUGAUCAAAGCCAUACUAGUGAAGAAAUGUUAUUCUUUCUUCACAAACCGGCAGAAACUUGCUCCAGUGGGAUUUAUGAAAACUGCAGUCUCCAUGUCUGAGGAUGAAGAAUGGAAGAGAAUACGAGCAUUGCUGUCCCCAACUUUCACCAGUGGAAAACUCAAGGAUAUGUUCCCCAUCAUUGGCCAGUAUGGAGAUGUGCUGGUGAGGAACCUGAGGAGGGAGGCAGAGACGAGCAAGCCCAUCACCAUGAAAGACAUCUUUGGGGCCUACAGUAUGGAUGUGAUUACUAGCACAUCAUUUGGAGUGAACACAUCCGAGCUGCUCACACACCUCCUCACACGCUUCCUGGGAGACCCAGGCCUUCCAGCCCAUGGAUUGGGCGAAUUGGACUCGCCGUUAGUGGAACAGAUGACUCUUGGAAUGGUCGUUCCUGUAGAGGAGCCAAAGGAUGGCCAGUUUGUGGCCUUCGUCCUCCUCCAUGUCAUUGGCCAGGGCCACCCAGUCAUCAAGAAGCCCCUGUGGGGCAGGGACCUGAAGGGCACCUCUCACAGCUGGAUGCUGAAGACAAAGGCCUUCGGGGAGGCCUGA